AAAAAAUGUUGAGGAUCGUAAGCCUGGCAGUGACUUUGGCCGUGUGCGUGGCACGACCCAACCAAUGGGACGACCAGCUUGGGCUCUUCCCUGCCGACGGCGGAGACUCUCAGCCCAUCUUGCCUCGCGCCGUCGCCAACCCUACCACGCCCAACCAGAUACUCGACGCAGUGCUCGAAGGAGCUAUCGCAUACAUGGAAGCACUAGGAUGGUGUGGAUCCAAAAACGUGCAGAACGGAGAGUCAAACCUGCCCUUCCAAGUCAACUCUGACGGAAGCAGUUCCGAGAACUUCAGCAUCACUAAGGCCAACGUGACUGGACUCUGCUCCCUGCGCCGCUCCAAGUCCGCUUCCUUCAACGCCGACCAGAGUGUGCUUUCCGGUUCAGUUGUCGUGGAAAACGCUCGUGCCAACGCCGACUACACGGUAACCUUUGCCGGUGUUGGAGAAGCUCCAGCCCAGACUGUUUCUGGUCAAGUUGUAGAGCGUGUGGACAAGCUGUUCGCAGAUAUCCAGAUCAACUUGGACAACCUUGUGCCUCAGAACAUCGCCAGCUACACCGCAAGAUCGGGUCACGACCUGCUUGANGCCCAGACUGUUUCUGGUCAGGUAGAGCGUGUGGACAAGCUGUUCGCAGAUAUCCAGAUCAACUUGGACAACCUUGUGCCUCAGAACAUCGCCAGCUACACCCAAAGAUCGGGUCACGACCUGCUUGAAGUGCAAGCAACUUGGACGGCAACAAUGAACGUUCACAGCGCACAGGAGGCUUCGAAGAUUGAGAGAACCAAAUGGCUUCCAAGGGUGAGAAACAAGUCCAUCCAGGAUAUGAAGAAUGCUUGA